UUUUUCUGUUUACAUUCGUGCCGUUCCGUGUUUUUCAGUUAAUCUCACACAUCUAAACAGUUUUAUUUCACGACAUUUUAUGAAACAUAAAACAUAAUAAUAAUUUAGCUUAGGUGGUGUGACCAAAUAAUAUCAAAAUGGCUCUAAUGUCUGAAGAAAGACGGAAGGAGAUGGAAGAAGAAAUGAGCCGCUUUGAGCUGGAAAUUGCAGCACCAGGUGAAGCGAAAAUUGGUUCAUCUUUAAAUGCUGCUUCUAUUGGUAAACCUUUAUCACCUCCACCUCCUCCCCCUGCUGUCACAGUUUUACUUCCAGAGGUUCUUGUCAAAGCUCCUCCUCCUCCACCACCACCAUUAUCUCCUCCGAUUGGUACAACACUCCACCCACCACCUAUGCCUGUGAUUCCAACUCAGCCAUCACCUGCCAUGAGAUUUAUUCCUCACCAACUUCAAAGACAGCCACCAGCUCCACGUCCUCCGAUGCGACCAAAUUUUAUGGGAAUGCGUGGUCCCCCAAUGCCAGGCCCGCCUGGUGCAUUUCCACCUCCAGGAUCUGUUGGGCCUUUUGCUCCACCUAUGGGGCAGGGGCCACCAAUGCCUCAAAUAGGUCCUAUAAAUCCUGGUGGCCCCAUGCAACCAGUUGGACCCAUGCCUCCUGGAGGACCUAUGCUUCCAAUGCCUCCAGGCGCCAUGUCUAUGCCACCACCAAUGGGAGGUAUGAACAUGGGUGUUAGUCUUCCUGUGCCUCCUGGGUUCUGCCCUCCUGGUCCACCAAUGGGUUCUCCAAAUAUGAGAUUUGAUCCACCUCCUGCUGUUUCAUCAAAUUCUACUCAGAGCUCAGAAGCAGAGACCUCUGUUACUUCUACCUCAACAGCAAAAUCCAAUGAUAGCUCAACGGUAGCUUCUGCUCCUACUAUUUAUGCUGCUCCAUUUGUGAAAAGUCUUUCAGAAAAUAAAUCUGAGAAUGCUUCAUCUAACAGUGGACAAGACAAUCUAACUUCAAGUGUUUCAUCUCCUGCUGUACAGAAGUCUGAAAAGUUGUCGACAGCCAAAUCAUCUAAUGAAUCUUCGGUAGGGGCUACUGCAGCCUCAACUGAGAAAUCUGAAGAAACUGUUGUUAGUAAAAAGAAAGAGAAGAAGAAAAAGAUUAUCCGUAUGGCUGGCGGGCAAGCUUGGGAAGACAAUUCUUUGCAAGAUUGGGAUAAUGAUGAUUUUAGAAUAUUUUGUGGAGAUUUAGGAAAUGAUGUUACUGAUGAAGUUUUAAUCAGAGCUUUCAGCAAAUACCCUUCUUUUCUUAGAGCAAAAGUUAUCAGGGAUAAGAGAACUAACAAAACGAAAGGCUUUGGCUUUGUGAGCUUCAAAGAUCCACAAGAUUUCAUUAAGGCUAUGCGUGAAAUGAAUGGCAGGUACGUGGGAAGUCGCCCUAUCAAACUGAGGAAGAGCACGUGGAGAGAUCGGAAUAUCGAUAUCGUGAAGAAGAAGCAGAGAGAAAAAGAAAAGCUUGGCCUCUUGUAAAACGGAGCUCAUUCUCAUAAUAGAUUCUAUUCGGAAAGUUGAUUCAACUGAAACCCAGUCACUGAUUCAUCUGCUGCAUCAUAUUGUAAAAAAAAAGCAUUAAUUUCCUCGAGAAGUUUUGUGUUCAUUGAUUUUGGAAAAUAUCCAUUCCUGUAAAUAAAACAAUGUUCUGUUUUCAUGUACACAAAGGCGAAAUCAAAUUAUUUUUAAUACAGCCCAGCAAGAUUAAAAGUUCUGCCGUAUAAUACCGAUAUGUAUUUUCAGUAGAUUCCUGUUCAGUCAAUUUUCUGGUACGAUGCCAUUUCUUUUUAUGCAUACCCAUGAAUUUUUAAUCACAUUAUAUAGAAGUCUAAUAUGUAUUUCUAUUAAUAAUAAAGAUGAUCGUAUGUGUGGUGGCACUGUACAAACCACGCCGUUUGAAUACGAACUACAAAAUUUGACGCGUUUGUAUAAUUUGGAGAUGGAU